GAUGUCUUUCUAGCUCAAUUAAAUGCAAUAAAAGUAUUUUUAUAAUCUGCAGCAAUGGGUAACCAGUAGCAACCACCAAUCAGCAUCUUUAAAUGUGGGAAUUGUGAUUUGAGCACAACUUUAAAUGAACAUCGUCACUCCAGACAGCAACGAAGACUUUUGGUACCUUUGGUGGUGCAAAUAUUUGAUUUUAGAACACAGUCUGCAUAUUAUAUAUAAAUCCUGUCAGAUAAAAUGAUCUACUGUCUGAAGCUUUCAUCUGUGGCUGACAUAGAAAUAUGCAUGACAGAUCAUGAGAGGAAGGAGUUUAUAAAACCUGACUGUCCUGAUUUUCAGUCAGUGUCACAAAAGCUCUGCAGCUGGAAGGAGCUCUGAGUUAAUCUGGACUCCAAGAGACAGAAACAUCUCUGAUCAGGAUCAGAUGCUGUGGACGUCCGUCAAAGAGCUGCUGCCUCUCCUCCUCCUCUUCCUCUCUCAGGAUGAAGAUGRUCUCCCUGCUGCUCCUCAUCCUCAGCUCAUGUCUCUGUGCAGCAACAUUUGUAGUGAAUGUGACCCAGAGCAGCUAUGAGGCCGAGGAGAACCACAGCAUCACUCUGGAGUGGACCUUCACCACCAGACCCGACUCCUGCUUGAGCUUCGAGUUCAUGAUCUUCACAUUAAUAACCGAAAACAAAAACGUGUCCAUCUUGUUCCAUGAGCAUGGUGGAGUGGAGGUGCCGCAGUCUCAGGACAAACAGUUUGCAGGACGAGUCCAGAGAGACAAAGACGUCCUUAAAGACGGACRGAUUAAACUCCACGUGUCCAAGCUGAGGAUCAAUGACUCUGGUCUGUAUCUGUGUGAAAUCCAGACAGAUUGUGGCUUCGGCUCUGCUGSAUGUSRRCURAUAGUCAGAGCUGAUGGCAAACAACCUGAAAGUCCAACUGCGAAUGAAAGAUGGAUGGCUCUCUAUGUUUUCCUGGUGUUGGCAGCAGCAGGAGCAGCAGGAGUAGCUCUGUACUGUAAAUGGUGUAAGGAAUAAUUGAUAGGCCGGGGUCACCCUGGACAGGUCGCCAGUCYRUCGCAGGGCAACACAGAGACASACAGGACACACACGCACA